UCUUCCUGAAGAGCUAACUGUUACUACCGUCCUACAGAUUUCUGGCGCCGUCUCCUCGAGCAUGUGUUUAAUGAGCAUAGAGCCGAGCAGACCUGCCCGACACACUCACCAUGGCCACGCCGUUUUCUCCUCCGCUUUAUAUGCAGCGAUACCAGUUUGUUAUCGAUUAUGUGAAAACAUACCGACCUAAAAAGGUUAUCGAUUUCGGAUGCGCAGAAUGUUGCCUGCUAAAAAAGCUGAAGUUUCAUCGCAAUGGUGUACAGUUGCUAGUGGGAGUUGAUAUCAAUAGUGUCGUCCUAUUGAAGAGAAUGCACACGCUGGCUCCACUUAUAAGCGAUUAUCUACAGCCAAGCGAUGGGCCUUUGACCAUUGAGUUAUACCAAGGCUCUGUCACAGAAAGGGAGCCCUGCACCAGAGGAUUUGACCUUGUGACUUGUGUGGAGUUAAUCGAACACCUGGAGCUUGUGGAGGUGGCAAGCUUUUCUGAGGUGGUGUUUGGCUACAUGGCACCAGGUGCCGUGAUCGUAAGCACACCAAACGCGGAGUUCAACCCACUGCUGCCGGGCCUGAGGGGAUUCAGAAACCAUGACCACAAGUUCGAAUGGACCAGAGCAGAGUUUCAAACUUGGGCUCACCAGGUUUGUAGAGACUAUGGCUACUCCGUGCAGUUCACAGGAGUUGGAGAAGCUGCUGUUCACUGGAGAGCCGUGGGAUUCUGCACCCAGAUUGCUGUGUUCCAAAGGAAUUUUCAUGAAACCAUGAGCAAUGCUAAACGCAUGGAACCCUCAGUCUAUAAACUGAUAUACAAAGUUGUGUAUCCGAGCCUAAGUGAUAACAACAUCUACCAGAGAACUUUAGUUAAUGAAGUCUUGUAUGAGGCACAACACCUGAGACAGGAAUGGUUCCGCAGAAUGAACAUGGGCUCCAACAAUAACGCACACUUCUGUGCUCCUCCGUUAAUGGACGUACUCCAGCAUGGGGUUGAAGGUGGUACACGUGACUGGCGGCCUGUCUAUCAGCAAGGUGGCACUAUUUGCGUUCCUUUGACAUGUGUGUGGUCCAGUCCCAGAGUGAGAGCGCUGUGUGGGAGUGUGCAGCGUCUCAGGGAGGAACUGCUGGUGGACUCGCGAGUGAGGAUGAGCCCUGAUGGAGCGGUGCUAAACCUGCCUGCUGAGGAGGAGGAAGAGGAGGAGAAGGUGGUGGUAGAGGAGGAAGAGGAAGAUGUGAAAGCAGUAUCAGCUGUAGCAAACAACGUGGAGGAGGACUGGGAUGGGGAGCUCGGGUCUUAGUGAAAUGUAUAACAGAUCCAGAAAGCUUUGUAUGCAAAAUAAAAGAAAGAAAGAUGCACUUAAGAUGUUUUUUCUUUUGUGUAGAAUCGCAAGGACACAUUUCAAUUCCGAAACUGUGAUUGAUGGGAAGAGACGAUCAUAAAGCAUGUCAUUAAUAAAAAUGCAAAUGUGCGACACCACCUUUGAAAUGCGGUUUUAUUUAACAGUGCAUGGUUCAUACUUUACCAGCAUCGUAACAGAACACGUGGCAUGGAAGCCACCGUUGGUCAAAAGUUAGAACACAACAUUGCAAGACAGUCAAAAAAAGCAAUGUCACUUUUAAACGUCAGACACAGUACAAUUACAAGGACCAAAAACUUCACAGAAGAGAUAAAAGCCACCAUGUUUUUACAACAUGUAAAGUACCAGGACCUACUUACAGGAUAUGUAAGAGUAGUUAAGGAAACAUGGAAGGAGGGGGAGGGGGGAAGUGAGUCUUCACACAAUUUCAGUAUCACUAAAGCUCAAAUACAUAAAAAUAGACUUUCAUUUUGGCAGUAGAUCAAU